GUACUAAGGUACAAGGGUACCUUUAAGAUAUAUUAAGAUAAGAAGGGGACGACGGACUUAGAAAAGAACAAGGACCUAAGAGACCCCCUAUAGAAUUAUUAGUUAAAUUAAACCUAUUCCAAGCAUAUCCCCUUGUUACAUACAUAAAAGUUCCCCCGCGUGGCGGUAUAUUUCGAUGCCGACGAUCUUGAGCCGUCGGACGCGUGCAGCGCGCUUCUCGAGACUAUCGAGACGAACAAGAAGCGUAAGGACAUUUAUACUUUCCAGCGGAUGUUUGGCCUCGUCUUUACCACCACGGUACAGCUAGGUGGCCGACUGCACAGUACACAGGACGCCAGCACGCCGUCGGCGAGCAGCACGAGCGCGAAGAAGGACGCCAUGAAGCUGGCGGCGGGCGCCAACUUUUCAAGCCCUUUCGUGUCCGGGAGCCAGAACGCCCAGAGUGACGCACACAGUCAAGAAGCGCUGACGUGGGAGGCGCAGGGCGGCGAGACGCUGCUUGGGUCUAAGCGAGUCACUUACCUCCUUUCGUGCCCGUGAUAGGAAGCGGAGGACUACGACUGACAUGGACCGGUUAGCCCGGCACGCUGGAUCGCGUCAGCCGGGUCAUUCUACAACUGGCGCGUGAUGCAGCGAGACGGGCUGGGCGACAUCCUGCGGCUCAUCCAGGAGGUCACGGCGCUUGACUGGCCGGCCACGUUUGACGCCAUUUUGAACCCGAAGUCGGAUAACGAGGACAAUAAGGGUACACAUUGCUGCGAUUCCUAGGGUCUCGAUACUACUGAAUGAGAUAUCGGUAUUGGGAGAUCGUAGACAAGCCUAACUAAUCCCUUAUACCUUACCCUAACUAACCUCUUACCGGAUUAAACGAAAACCCCGUUUUAUACCGAGCUUUAUUCCUAUUUCGGAUAGAGGCUAUAAAUUUUUCCUUCGAAACAUAUUUUUAAAUGUCGUAUAAGAAAAAAUUUAAUUAAUAC